AUGAAUACAGCAGAAAAUGCAACUCUUCAUGACAUCUCCAUACAUGAAAGGUUUUUUGCGUUGCUCAUCCCUGAUCGCCACUGCUCGCCAUCACUCGCCACUGCACUGCUCGUGCUAGCCGUCGUCGCUUCACUGAUCGUGUUGGUCGUUGCGCUGCUCGCGUUGGUCGUUACUGUGCUCGCACUGGUCGUUUGCGUAAUCGCAGGACGCCUGGUUAGGGUUCUGAUUUGGGGAUCAUACGACAAGUUCGUUGGGGUUAUGCCUCUGAUUUGA